GGCGUCUGCCGUCAUGCACAAUUCUCAUCCUUCUCUUCCCCCGCGUCCACAGACAUGGUCUCAACCACAGCAGCCUCCAUCUGUGCUGCAAAACUACUUUCACCAGAAUGCCUAUUCCUCACAUUACGCUCAGGCCUACCUACAGCAAUUCCCCGAGGCCCAACCGUCCACAAGUAACUACUAUGCGCAACCUACCCCAGCCGCUGCUGCACAACACAACGCGAACAAGCCACGACCUGCACAACAGGUAGGGGCAUGGUACCAGCCAGGCAACAAGCAAUGCACAUACAAGGACUGUCGGUUUACUGGCUCACAUAAAUCUGUCGAGCUGCAUAUGAUGGACCGUCAUCUCAUUUACCCUCCUGGCUGGGACAAGCGACCUAAGAAGGAAGAGUGGGAUGCCGACCCUAGUCUCAAAGGGAAACCCAUCCCAAUCCAAGGAACCAACCUUGUUCUGGAUACACCAGAAUCGCUCGAAGCAUGGAUUGCCGAGCGCAAAAAGAGGUUCCCUACGGCCAACCGCGUGGAAGACAAGAAGCGGAAGAUGGAGGAAGCUGUUGCCCGUGGCCAAUUGACUGCAGAGGAUAUGGGUGUCCGACCAGAGAAGAGGCGACGCCACGACGAGAAAACCACGCGUCCCGAGAACCGAAACAACCAAGGUAAUCGGGGCAAUGACAGGAAAGGGCGUGCAGGCGCUGCUCAACGGCCUACGGUCUCACACCCGCUGCCAGCUCGUCCCUCCCCUCCAAAGCCAUCAACCGCCGUACAAGAUGACGCGAAUACUUCAUCCGAUAGUGAACCGGAGGUCGUCACUUCGAAGGCGCCAGUUCACUCUUUCGAACCGCCACAGUCACUUGAUGAACCAGAAGAAGAGCCCGCAGUCCCUCCUGCAGAGCCAGCGGGUACCGACCCUCCAAAACCUCGACAGCAACGCCCCUCACAACCUAAAAGACCGCUACAUAACCCUUUCGACAAUCGUCCACCUUUGCUUCGCAACCUUCUCCUACCCGAAAUUCGCGUAACGGUGUCAAACCUAUCUCAAGCAAUCCGGUUCCUCGUCGACAACGACUUCUUGCGAAGCGUCGAGCUCAAGCCCGGUCAAGCACAAGAAAUACCAAUCCAGGUCAUCAGUAGUCACGAAACAGGAGCGUAG